AUUACGCUUAGCACGCUCCCUUAAUGAUGAGUAAUUACAGUGGGGGGGGAAUAAAAAGCAAGAUAAACGGGGCAGAGGCAGAGGCACAGACCCACCACUACUACAGGACUGCGCAGCCACAGCCGCCACUGUUGGGUUGCAUGUAAUUAUUAUAAAAGGGGGCGUUGGCGUUUUGAAGAUAUGCGUUUGGCGGAGUACAAUCAUGCACAUUGACGGCACGUUCUUGUUACUUAGAUCAUCCAGGCCAAUGUCCAGCGUCCAGCCCCAUUUUUCUUUUGUAUUACGGAUUUACACUCCAUUAAUCCGGAGCUUUAUCUUUACCAGUGUGUCAUGACACCAUGGCUCUGACACGUGAGGAGCAGUCUCUUUAAUGGGGACCAAGCCCAAGGGGGGCUGCAAAUCAAAUUAUCAAGCAACGAAUUCAAAAGAAACAUAAGUGAUUUUGAGGUACUGAACCUACAGGAGACACGGGCGAAAUAAAGCAGCGCCAUCCUGGAAAAAACUUUCUGUACUUUACAGACCUCAAUACUCCUCAACCCCAUCCCCACCCCUUGUGUUAUAUAUGUGAUUGAGGAAGCCUGAGUCUGAGUAGAGGCGGAGGAGAAAGGAAAAGAGUGAGAGGGAGUUCAGUUGGUUUGGGAUUUUAGCGAUUUGUUUGUUGGGGGACUCGAUCUUGUGACGUGAUGGAGUCGCAGCAUGUGAAGAUUAGAGAAUUCGAGGGUUUGAGAGAUGUGAAGCAAGUGGAGUGCCUGGAGAAACGUUGUGAAGUUGGGCCAAGCGGGAAGAUUUCGUUGUUUACAGACCUCAUGGGCGAUCCCAUUUGUCGCGUCCGCCACUCCCCUGCUUAUGUAAUGCUGGUAGCGGAACUGGGGCCUGGUGGAGAAAUCGUGGGGCUGAUUCGCGGCUGCAUAAAGACCGUUACAUGCGGCAAGAAAACGCCCACUCUCUGCGCAAAGGCGGCGUACAUUCUCGGGCUGCGCGUAUCACCAACCCACAGGCGGAUGGGGAUUGGGCUCAAACUGGUGCAGAGUCUCGAAAGGUGGUUCAAGGAAAACGGUGCAGAGUAUGCUUACAUGGCGACCGAGAAGGAAAACGAGGCUUGUAUAAAGCUCUUCGAUGGGAAAUUGAAUUACAAGAAGUUUCGAACCCCGGCCAUUCUGGUCCACCCUGUGUAUGCCCACUCAAGGCGCAUUCGCUCCAGUGUGAAAAUUCAGAAGCUGGGAGUUCAAGAAGCAGAGUCUCUGUACAGACUCUAUUUGGGCACCAGAGAGUUUUUCCCGCAGGAUAUAGACGCCAUUUUGAAGAACAGGCUCUCUUUGGGCACCUGGGCUGCUUUUCCACAGGAAGAAGAAUGGCCCAGAGAUGGUAAAAAUGCCCCAUUUCCCACCUCAUGGGCCAUUCUCAGUGUCUGGAACAGUAGUGAUGUGUUUAAGCUUGAAGUGAAGGGAGUCUCAAGGCUAAAGUACUUGUUGGCCGCCACAACUCGGUUCUUCGAUGGGGCAUUUCCAUGGCUCAAGAUACCUUCUAUUCCUGAUGUUUUUCAUCCUUUCGGGCUCCAUUUCUUGUAUGGACUGCACGCAGAGGGAAUCCAGGCGCAGAAGCUUAUGAAGGAGCUUUACUGGUUUGCACACAAUAUGGCGAGGAAGAAUGGAGAUGGGUGCAGGCUAAUUGCUACUGAAGUGGGCAGUUGUGAUCCUCUCAGGCCUUGUAUUCCUUACUGGGAUUGCUUCUCCUGCCCUGAGGAUUUGUGGUGUAUUAAGAAGUUAAAGGAUGAUUCUGUUCCUGAUCAUGAUCAUGAUGAUCAUCAUAAUCAUGGGGACUGGACUAAAUCUACGCCUGAGCCGACCCUUUUUGUGGAUCCUCGGGAUUUUUGAUAACUGUAACGUACUUUAAUUAUAAGAUCAAUCAAUUUUGGCCUCACCAAAUUUCCCA